AUGCCGCUCAACAGAACGUCCCCGAAAGGUUCCGCCAGAACAGAUCCCGACGAAACGAACGACUUCCUAGGUUUUCCGAAUCCGAACGAACAUAACCUCCAAAGCGACGGUUCCGAGUCCCCACGUGAUCAAACUCAAACAUUGUUCCUGAAUCCGAUGGUACCGCUUGAAUCUUCCGAGCAGCCGGCCGCUGCUGUCGACGCCGAAACAAUGAAGCAGCUUUCUUCACUGUUCCGCCAACGCAAUCAAGUGUACCAAAAGGUAGCCAGAAUCCACAGCGCAGUGAAGGGAAUGCUCCUGGAUUUACCGCAGCUGAAAGUUUACACCCGAAAACUGGAAUCAGCAUACGGUGAAUUCUCCAGUUUUCACAGCCAAAUAGUCGCCUUGUUACCCGCCGAAGACCUAACCUCACAAGAGGAAAACUACAUCCGCUUCGAGCAGCUUUACGAUUGGACAUCCGCCAGCAUCGAAGCCCAAAUCAUCGAUCAUCAACAGCCUCCACCACAUCCGCAAGUCAUCGUGCACCAACAGCCGCUGAAAGCGCCAUUCCCGACAUUCGACGCAAGAAUUAAGCGGCGUAUCCGAAUCAUCAACGUUUUCUUGCUAACGUCAGCGCUGGAUCCAUCGACGCGAAAGGUGUGGGAACAAUCACUCAAGUCCGGAGAGUUGCCAAAAUACCGAUCAACGAUUGCUUUCCUCAAGAGUCAGUGCCAAGUGUUGGAACGAUGCGAAUCCGUUUGCCCGAUCCCAAUUCCGAAAUCAUCUACAACCAAACAAACUCUACCGAAGGUCCCCAAUCAGCGGUCGUACGCAGCAACCGCAGCGUUCGACAAACCGUCCAUCCAAUGUGCGUUUUGUGAUGGCCCGCACCGGAACUUCCAUUGCAACAAGCUGUCCAUUCUACCCAGUGCCGAAAGAAUGGAAAAGGUUCGAGCUUCCGGAGUGUGCUACAACUGCCUAACCAAGGGUCAUCGCUCGAAGGAUUGUCCAUCAACCAAGAACUGCCAGAAGUGUGGUAAGCGACACCACACUCAGCUCCACGAAGAUCAACAACAACAACCGAAACCGAUGGCUACACCCACCACCCAAAUCGAUGCCCCUUCUCAAGCCGCACAACAACCAACCGUUUCGUCCAUGCCAUGCAAUUACACUGCUUCUCCCAAAACAGUGUUGUUGCUCACCGCUGUCGUUCACGUCCUGGAUAACGACAACCAACCCCAAACCUGCCGAGUUCUCCUUGACAGUGGUUCCCAGGUAAAUUUCAUCACCGAUCAGUUGGCCAACACGCUGCGUCUCGAGAAACGAAAGGUCGAAGUUCCAAUUGGUGGCAUCAACGAAAUCAAAACUGUCGCCCGCCAUCUCAUCAAGGUUCACCUCCAAUCACGCUGUAGUGAUUUCCGCACCGAGCUGGAGUGUCUAGUCAUUCCGAAGGUGACUGGUCCGAUCCCAUCAACCAACAUCGAUAUUACCGAUUGGCAUUUCCCCCAUGGUAUCCAACUAGCAGAUCCGAACUUCUUCAAGCCCGACAAAAUCGAUCUACUGGUUGGAGCAGCCCUGUUUUUCAACAUACUCAAGACCGGCCAUCUCAUACUGGAUUCUUGUUUAUCCGAACUCCGAGAGUCACACCUUGGUUGGCUUGUGACUGGUACUCUGACAUCGAAAUCCAACUAUGAGCCCAUCCAAUAUGCCCAACUAGCCUCGGUGGAAUACAUCGAAAAUUCCAUCACCAGAUUCUGGGAACUUGAGGAAGUUCCAAGCGCUCCGAAAACGACAGCCGAAGAGCAGCAAUGUGAGGAACAUUUUGCUGCCACCCACACUCGUGAUGUUUCCGGUAGGUACACCGUCCGAUUGCCGCUGAAACCAAAUGCCGACAAGCUGGACAGCUGCCGAAAUCUAGCAUUGAAAAGGUUUUUCAUGCUCGAAAAUCGCUUGCAACGAAAUCCCGAACUGUGGUCACAGUAUGUUGAAUUCAUUCGUGAAUACCAACUACUGGGUCACUGCCAAACAAUCAACGAAGCCGACGACCCGCCCCAGCGUGGGAAAUAUUAUCUUCCACAUCACGCUGUACUUCGCCCCAGCAGCACCACCACAAAGUGCAGAGUGGUGUUCGACGGAAGCGCCAAAUCAUCCCCGUCUGGACUGUCCCUGAACAACGUCAACAAGUUUCCCAAAGCUGCUGACAUCUUAAGACAUGAUUGCUAUGUUGACGAUAUCAUGUCUGGUUCCGACAACAUCGACGAGGUGAUUGAAAUCCAACGACAACUGAAGGCCAUUCUGCUGAAGGGUGGUUUUCCUGUCCACAAAUGGUGCUCCAACUCAACACAAUUGCUCGAGCACAUCCCGCCCACCACGAAACGAAUUGUGUGUUCCGAAAUUGCCAAAUUGUUUGAUCCAUUGGGAUUGAUAUCGCCAACCAUCGUCAUCGCCAAACUCCUGGUUCAACAACUUUGGCGAAAGAAGUUGGAUUGGGACGAUCAUCUCGACAACGACAGCCUCAAGCAUUGGAACGAGCUCCGGGAGUCACUUUCUCACCUCAACGAAAUUGCAAUCCCCCGCCAGGUGACAUUCAACGACGCUGUGGCUUAUGAGUUGCAUGGUUUCGCCGACGCUUCUAUGGUAGCAUAUGGUGCAUGUGUCUACAUACGAAGCAUUUUCCCCGAUGGUUCCUGUAAGGUUUGCUUGCUGAGUAGCAAAUCGAAAGUCGCCCCCCUCCACGAAUUGUCCAUCCCAAGGAAAGAAUUGUGUGCUGCAGUACUUCUAGUCAAAUUGGUGACAAAGAUUGUUUCCUUUGUUGACAUCAAUUUUCGCCAAGUUCUACUUUGGUCCGACAGUCAAAUCGUUUUGGCUUGGAUCAAAAAACACCCCGACCGACUUGAGAUUUUUGUGCGCAAUCGAAUUGCUGAAAUCAAUCUUCACACCCAACAAGAACAGUGGCAUUACGUUCCAUCGCAGUUCAAUCCAGCCGAUAUUGUGUCGAGAGGCCUACUGCCGUUCCCGCUGAGCCAAAAUACGACGUGGUGGGAAGGUCCACAAUUCCUGACCGAAGCAACUUUCAUCGAAGAGCGCCUAGAAGACAUCCCCGAUGAUGAAUUGCCGGAGUUAAAAGUCAACUUGGUGACUACUCUGGCAACCAAUCAAAAACCGUUGGACGUUUUCACCGAUGUGAGCUGUUUCCGAAGGCUGCAACGAAUUAUCGCCUGGGUGUUGAGGUAUCUGAACAACCGCCGCAAGCCAAAAGAGGAACGUGUGUUGCAUCCGCAUUUGACUAUCGACGAGCUUCGAAAUUCCAUGUUGGUCAUCGUUCGUGUCAUUCAACGUUUGGAAUUUGACGACGAAAACAAACUAGUCCAAAAUGGUGUCCCAUGCAAACGAUUAGCAGCUCUCAAUCCCAUCCUAUCCGACGGUCUUCUUCGAGUUGGUGGUCGACUGCGACAUUCCAACUUGCCCGACGAAUCAAAGCACCAGCUCAUCCUACCAAACAACAAUCCGGUCACAAAGCUACUGGUCCGAGCUUUGCACCUUGAGCUUCUCCAUGUGGGUCCGAGUGGGCUCAUCUCAGCGCUUCGACAACGAUUUUGGUUACUCAACGCCCGUUCAACCGUUCGCAUUGUUACACGGCAAUGCAUCAAAUGUUUCCGUGUGAAUCCAACCAACGUCCAGCAACUGAUGGGUGAAUUGCCAAGGCAGCGUGUGGUGUUUUCCUCGCCGUUCAACAUCACCGGAGUCGAUUAUGCUGGUCCAAUCCAAGUGAAGCAAGGUAAAUAUCGUCCGAAGGUGGUCAAGGCUUACGUCUCGGUGUUCGUGUGCAUGGCCACAAAAGCAAUUCAUCUGGAAUUGGUGUCAGAUUUGACGACCGAUGCAUUCAUCGCUGCCCUGGAGAGAUUCAUCAGCAGCCGAGGAAUGGUUACCGAAUUGCAUUCCGAUAAUGCAACCAACUUCAAAGGUGCCAGCAACGAGCUCCAUCAAUUGUACCAGCAGUUCCAGGAUCAGCAACGAGCCAACAGAAUCGAGAGGUUUUGCCAGUCGAAAGAAAUCGGUUGGCAUUUCAUCCCGCCAAAUGCUCCCGAGUUUGGUGGUCUUUGGGAGGCCGCUGUAAAGAGCACCAAAUAUCAUCUGAAGCGAAUCAUCGGUACUACUUUGUUGUCCUUCGAAGAAAUGGCCACUCUGUUGUGUAAGGUCGAAGCCAUCCUCAACUCCAGGCCCUUGUAUGCGGUUUCCAACGAUCCUGCUGAUCCGGAGGUAAUUUCGCCAGCCCAUUUUCUUAUCGGUCGCCCAUUGACAGCACCAUCAGGCCCUUCCUAUUGUGAUGAAAAAAUAGGACGAUUAAACAGAUGGCAACAUAUUCAGCUUAUGCGUGAGCACUUUUGGAGAGCUUGGUCCAGGGACUAUCUGUCAUCUCUUCAGGUGCGGAAGAAGAACAUAUCCGUGCAAGAUAACAUCAAACCUGGCAUGAUCGUUAUCCUCCAUGACAACAACCGACCCCCCCUCGAAUGGAAACUUGGCCGCAUCACAGAUGUAUUCCCUGGCGAUGAUAAUUUGGUUCGCGCCGUAGAUGUGUUCAGCGAAGGUUCAACUUAUCGUCGUGCUAUCACCAAGAUAUCGCUCCUACCAAUAGAGGACAACAAGUCACCAUCCCCGGCCGGAAUAUGUUCCGUUUCUGACAAUCUGCCAGCACGGAAAAAGUCGACAUAA